CAUUUAUUUCUUGUUGUACAGGUUCUCCACAUCGUUUGAAGAUGUUUCAGCCAUCAAAAGUGAACCUCAUUAUUUAUCCUUCAGAUGCAGAUUGCUGAAAAAAUGAUUCUUCACGCUGUCUCUCCGGUUUACCAGUUGAUUAUUAUUAUUAUUCUCCUGUUGGCUUUUACAUCUGUGGUGGAGGUCACGUGCUGCCAAGUUGGUUGCAACUGCAAUGACAGCCUUUCUUUGACUUGCUUUGGUAUCGACAAACUUGAAAAUGUGCCGCCGUAUGUUCGCAACAUCACCAUUAAUGGACGUCUGGAAGAAUUUUCAGCUCAGUCUCUCUUACCGGCCAACGUCUUCAAUCUCGAUUUGAGUUUCAACGAAUUGACUGGCAUCUCUUCAGAGUCUUUUGACGGCCUCACCAGUUUAGCAUACCUAAACCUCAGCAGGAACAACAUCACAAACAUAUCUCAGGAUGCCUUUUUAUCUUUAAACAAUCUCGUCUCUUUAGACUUAAGCAACAAUAAGCUAGCAGCACUGCCGACAGGUGUAUUUUCUCAUUUGGUUCAUUUGGAAUAUCUUGACUUACACAAUAAUUUUCUUCCAGUAUUACCAAAUUCCAUAUUCAAACCUUUAGAAAAUUUAGAAAUGUUGGAUUUGUCCUACAACUACUUAACCUACAUACCGCCUUUCACACUCAUGAACAACAGUAUUCUAAAAAUGGUCGACCUGCGCCACAACUUGCUUCAGACAUUCCAUGAAGAUUUGCUAUUGUCGUUUAGCAAUCUGCAUCAGGUAUCACUGGAAGGGAACCCGAUCGAUUGUUCUUGUGUUGUGCAAGAGUUUUUGGUUGCUUAUAACAACAAUCCUGAACUUUUCUAUAAUUUUCAGAACCUUACAUGUCAUUCUCCGCCUUCACUAGCAGGGGACCAGGUGUUGCUUUUGAAUUACACUGAUGUUUUAUGUGAAGGACCACAUCUGGACUUUGUGAGUGCCAACAUGUCUAUAGUUAGUCAUCAAAAUAUCCGCUUAGAUUGCAAUGCUACAGGUUCUCCCAGACCCAGCAUUGUCUGGGUAACACCCUGGGGUGACCUGUUUGCACAUGAUAUGCAUCUGCAUCUAUUGACUUCGAUAUCACAGCCGUUUCUCAUGAAGCACACUUAUUUAGAUUCUAAAUACAGUUCCGACAUUUACAUAUCGAAUAACGGGUCGCUAUUUAUCCAGAAUUUACGUGGCUAUUUUGGUGGUCGGUUCCGUUGUUUAGCAAUUAACCCCUUAGGGAACAAUUCAGCAACACUAGUUUUAAAGGUUUACUCCCUAAUUCCGUCAGUCUACACUAUGAGUCUUGUUGUCAGUCUUGGUGCAUCCCUUUCUUUCCUUUUGCUGGGGAUCUUGUUUGGGUCGAUCCGUAUCCUCGUACACGUAAUAAACAAGCGCAAAAAGAAUUUCAAAGUCUCGGACCAAGAUCCAGAAAUUCAACCAGUCGAAAUCAAUUCUUCUACAGAAAUCGAAAAGAUCAGUAACUGCACCAAUUCGGAUUUUUCUUCAUUUGGUUCCAUACCAUACCUUGACCAUUCUCCAGGGGCCUCCCCUCUCAAGUGUACCACACCUGUGACCGAUUAUGAAGACUACUACGAUAAGGUGUCUCCGGACACGAACAUCCGGGAGACCCUUGAUGAAGUGAGAGCUCGUUUGAUGGACGGAGUUGAAAGAAGAAUGUUGAAGAUGCGGUGCCACGUUCAAACCAUUCGUGAUACAAGCAGCCAGUACAUGCAUUCAAUUAAGGACACUGGUAGCCAUUAUGUACAAUCUUUAAGAGAGUCCAGCAGCUACGCUGCCAAUCGUGUGCGGGCUGGGGUUGUGUUAGGAGUCGAGCAAGUGAAAUACCAUGUGCAAUCCAUCAAGGAACUUUGCGGUACCGGAGAAAUGGGCUCCCAUACAGUUUCGACGAUAUCCGUUUCCACCGAUGUCGACACUCAGAGAAGAACAGAAAUCAUUAAAUCCUAUACCUACGUGUGAUUUUUUUAACAAAAAAAAAUUUUGGUUUUUUUUUUAAAGUUUUUUUUUUUUUUAAAUUUCCGUUCUAAAUGUCUGCGGUGACACGUAGCAUGACAAGGAAAUAGCAAAAUGAAAAAUAAUAAUUAUAAUAAUACUAAUAAAUUUUAAAUUUGAAAACUAAAACUUAAAAUAAAGCCACACCAAAACAAAGUUUGUGGGUUGGUCUGUAGCAUUUAAACAGUAUAUAUGUGUGUGUGUGCGUAUAUAUAUAUAUAUAUGUGUAUAUGUAUAUAUAUAUAUAUAUAAUUGUGUGCGUAAAUGAAUAUGAGUGUAGAGAUAGAUUUAUACACAUACAUGGAUGCAUGAAUAUGUAUGUGUUGUGUGUGUGCAUGUAUGUAUGUGUGUGUGUCUGUGUGUGUGCCUUAGUUCAAAUCCUGCCCAGGACAUCUUUGCAUGUUUUCCUCAGUUCUAAGGUGAUACAAAAUAUUAGGGGGGGUUGAUAGCACUGACUAGAACCCCCUUGAUGGAGGUGGUUCCAGCAUGGCCACAGGCCAGUGAUUGAAACAUCUUGUAUGUAUGUAUGUGUGUGUGUAUAUAUGGUUAUACAUGCAUGUAUAGCAAACUGUAUCAUAGAGUCGUUCUAACCAUUUCAAAAGGCACGGGAUCUGUUGACAUUCUAUUUUCAUCUGUCUCUUAAGCGUGCUGUCUAUUAUGAAGUGUGGAAAAGUUUCGUUGCUCCUCUUUGAUCUGUUCGCUGUUGUAGUUCCACUACGUCUAUCAAAGCGCCACCUGACAGAGAGUAAGAGAUUGAUUUUCACUUGAUGUUGGAAUGGAAUUGCCUCGGUGGUGAUGUCACCAAAGUGCAACGAAACUGCUUUUCAUUCUCUCAUUUCAUAAUGGACAAUAACCGAACAUGGCCAUCACUCACAAGCAAGUAAGACUUGGUAGUAUAUACCAUGCUUUCACUAAUUGUUUUAAGUGCUUGUCUAGUCACAGGCAGACGUAGGCACCCUCUUGGCCCUCUCACACGUUGCGUAACCCAGCACCACAUCAAUGGUGUGACAGCUGGGGAAAGAGAGAGGGCUUUAGCAGUUGGCUGUUGCUUAUUUUCCGCUAAGUAGACUGGAGCAGUGUGAAAUGAUGUACCUGUGCUCUGGGACAUGAAGGCAUAUGGCUCAGUGGUUAGGCUAUCAGGCUUACAAUUGUGAAGUUGUGAGUUUGAUUCCCGGACUGGACUGUGUUGAUUUCUUGAGCAAAACACUUUAUUUUCACAUGGCUCCAGUUCACUCAACUGUAGAAAUGAGUUGUGACAUCACUGGUGCCAAGCUGUAUUGGCCCCUUUGCCUUUCCCUUGGAUAACAUCGGUGGCAUAGAGAGGGGACACUGGAAUGCAUGGGUGACUGCUGGUCUUCCAUAAACAAAUAUGCCUGGACUUGUGCCUCGGAGGGGAACUUUCUAGGUGCAGUCCCAGGGUCAUUCAUGACUGAAGGGGGUCUUUACCCUUUACCCUUUUUACAUAUUCAAGGUGCAUGUCUCAGUGGUUAGAGCAUCAAGUUCACAAACAUCAGGUAGUGAGUUCAAUUCCUGAACCAGACUGUGUUUGUUCUUGAGCAAGACACUUUAUUUCACGUGGCUCCAGUUCACUCAUCUGUAGAAAUGAGUUGCGAUGUCACUGGUGCCAAGCUGUAUCGACCCCUUUGCCGUUCCUUUGGAUAACAUCAGUGAUGUGGAGAGUGGAGGCUGGUAUGCAUGGGCGACUGCUGGUCUUCCAUAAAACAACCUAUGGAAGACUUGUGCUUUGGAGGGUAACUUUCUAGGUGCAAUUACAUGGCCAUUCAUGACCGAAGGGGGGUCUUUUCUGGGACAUAAUGUGGCGCCUGCUCCAAGAAUUGAACAUACAACCUUAUGACCUUGAACUCAAUAUCUUAACAUUUUUUUGACCCCAGCAUACCUGAGACUUGCUCUGAUUCUAUGAUACAAAAUCCCUGUUUUAAAGUGAUCUAAAUAAAACCUUCCAUUGGAAUCAUGCAUUAAUUUAUGUUCCAAACACCAGUUUUAAUAACGUCAGUUAUUUUUACCAAAUUCUUCAAAAUUUUCCCAAAUUAAUUUAACCCUUUAUUGUUCAGAUUACCCUGUUUUGAAAUUAUCCUAGCUUUGAGACUUCAAUGAUGUGAUAAUAUUUUUUAGAAUGACUUCAUAGAAUAGCUGUAAGAGGCUGGAUCUAGCUAGUUUGAACAUAAAAUAGGUAGAAUUUUGGGCUGGUUGAGACCGGUUUCAAUGUUAAAGGGUUAAACAAAGUUCUUCUACAGAACUAGGAUACCAAAAAGGUUAACCCUUUUUACGUAAACUCAUAUGAGACCACUACCCUUGGUUCUAUGAUACAAAGUCCCUGCUGUAAAAUGAACUAAAUUAAAAUCUUAAUUAAAAUUUCAUGUUAAUUUAUGUUCCGAACACCAGCUCAGUAACAACAAGGUUUACUGAAUUCAUCGUAAUUUUCAAAAUUAAUUGAAACGAAAUCUGUGUAUUUCAACAGGAAUAUGGAAAUAUAAAAACAGAGGGCUGGAGCCCAUGUUACUUAACCCAUUACCUCCCAUAAUUCUAUUAACUGGAAUUUUUUUUAUGAAACUUUGAUUUCUAGCAUAAAACAGCCUUAGAAACACGCUGGAAUGAUCAAAAUAACAUUUCAAAAUAACAUUUUAAAUAGAAAUAAGUGAGAUAUUGGGUGAAAAAUUCGCAAACCUCAUUUGAAUAUCAGAGAAAUAUACCUAGUAGAUAUAGCAAAAAGGUUAGAUAUGUGUAAAUAUUGACAGAUAAUUACGAAAUUUGUAAUUUUAAGUGAUCACUGGUAGGUAAUGGGUUAAUAGUAGAGCAAGAAAUAAACCCAAAGCGGUUGCAACAAAUUCUGUGUGUUUGUAAAUGGUUAAAAACAGCUCUUUUAUAAUGUAAUUCUUUGUUUUUGCCACUCAGUGGUUCCAGAUCAGAUCACUUGCCAAAAAAAAAAAAACAACAA